CACCCCCCUCUAAGUGGCACAAAAAACCACCUCCAAAUGACAAUUCCCUUGAAGCAAAUCUUGCUCGCAUAAAGUUUUACCGCAAUAAAAUGUAUGGCCAUGUUACCACAACUGGUAUGGCUGAUCCAACUUUCUCAACUCUGUGGCAUGAGAUCAGUGUUGUCCUUGUUGCUCUUGGCUUGCAGCAAGCAGAAAUUGAUAGAUUGAAGGCUGAGCAUUGUGGAGAGCAAGAGUUCUUAGACGCGUUGCUUGAGUGGACUGAUUCUGAGGAAGAUAUAAAAUCACAGCUGAAGGACAUACGGGAUACUGAGACCAAAGUGCUGCAAACUGUUGAUGAAAGUAAAGCAAAGCUGGUAGAAGUUCAUCAGUUGCAGAAGAACUUGCAAGAAUCUGUCAGUAUUGUGCAUCAGAAUCAACUUCAAGACAGUAAAGCCAUUCAAGAUACCAAGUUAACAGUUGAAAAAGUCUCCGAGAAACUUCAAACUUUGGAGGAGGCAUCCCAGCACAUCAUUCAAAAUUUGAAUGACGAGAAUGAGAGCAUCAGGGAUGACAAAGUCCUUGCGAAACUAGCAAAGGUGGACAAUUUAGCUGAAAUAAGACGCCAUGCAAGCAGAUAUGUUGAGGGAACUCGUUUAUCGAUUCUUAAAGAAGUCGAGAGGUGGUUAGCCGACAAAAGUUCUCCAAAUAGAGUGAUUGUUAUCAGCGGGAAUGCUGGAAUGGGAAAGUCUGUAAUCUCAGCUGUCUUGUGCCAAAAGAUGUUAGAGGCUGGACGAUUGUCAGGGAGCCACUUCUGUCGGCAUAACAUGGCACGGCGAAGGAAUCCCAAAGUGAUGCUGCAGUCGUUAGCCUGUCAGCUUUCCGAAUCGCUGCCAGAGUACAGGAAGGCUCUCGUGAAGAAGUUGUCGAGAAAUGUGGGCAUUGAAAUUGAAAAUGAACCCAUCUGUCUAGAAUCAAAAGAAACAGAGAAACACUGUGGGAGGGGGGAAGAGGGGGGAGACGGGGGAGACGGGGAGAGAGGGGGAGCAGAAGCAAGGGUUCAAACUAUUCUGAAACGCUUGAAAAUACCUUACAGAGACGAUGCGGAAUUUGACGAAGCUACGCUUUACGAAGCAGCAAGUACUAAUUCCACCUUGUCUUGUAAUAACGAGAAAACAGGGCUGUUUAACGUUCUGGAUACAAGGAAAACUAACCUUGACAAAUUGCCUGAUGAUGCGUUUAAUAUGCGGCUUUCGUGA